AUGGUUAACAUGGAGAGAAUGAACAGUGACGACGGUUCUUCAAUUAGAAGACGUUCGUUGAGCUUGUCAAGUCAUAUAAGCCAUCACACAGAUAAUGAUGUUGAUUGUGAGAGUGUUUCAGAAGCUGGUGACAUAGGCGAUCGAGCUCUUCCGAGCAGACGGUUCAGCGAGAGCAACAGUUUCCAUUCAGAAAAUGGAAGUACUGUUAUUACAAACUCAUCUGUUAGACCUUUUCCACAAGAACUCUCAUCCACCCCACAUCUUUCUUUUGAUGCAACGGUUGGUUCUCAUGACUCAAAACUUGUCCUCAUAAGAUAUUUACUGCAAAAGUUAUUUGGCCCCGGGGUUGCUAACGUGACAAGCAAUCAUAUUAUUCUUUACCUUGACCUUCCUUCUAAUAUGGUAUGUCCUCUCAAACAAUAUGGUAAUAACAUUCUUAAAAGCACAAUAUAUAUUAAAUUCACCAUAUCUAUUGCGUUUAUGACAAAAGGUAAAAGAUUAACGCCGUCGGUAGAUGGGUAUAAAUUGGAAUUUUCUAAAUUUUGA